UAGCCGCACGCGCAAGGCCACGACGGCACUCGAUGUCACGUAUAAUUCCCUCUAACUGACCAACGUACGCAAAUGAAGAUUACAUUUCGUCAAUAUUGUAAAUGGUGAAUAAAAAUCACAGUUUUCACUCCUGUGGAUGCUUGGAAACCGUUUUGAUCUUAUCGAAUAAUCUGUAUCAUUUCAUCAGAAAGUAAAACCGUCUGCUACAUGAUGCGCCAUGUUCGAGCCACGUCCUAACUUCAUGGCAGCGGCUUCGUGUUUAGGUUUACAAUAAGUAUAUUUCAUUUGACAUUUUAAUCCCUGUUCUAAAGACCGAAACAAUUACAACAAUCAUCAAACAUGCCGCUGCGACUAGACAUUAAACGCAAGCUGACGGCGAGAUCAGACAGAGUAAAGAGUGUCGAUCUUCAUCCAUCUGAGCCAUGGAUGCUGUGUUCGUUAUACCAGGGAAAUGUCAACAUCUGGAAUCACGAGUCACAGACUUUGGCAAAGACCUUCGAAGUCUGCGACCUACCUGUCAGAACAGCAAAGUUUGUUGCAAGAAAAAAUUGGGUCGUCACUGGCUCUGAUGAUAUGCAAGUUAGAGUUUUUAAUUACAACACAUUGGAACGUGUUCAUGCGUUCGAAGCACACAGCGAUUAUGUCAGAUCUAUCGCAGUUCAUCCCACCCAACCGUUCAUCCUUACCAGCAGUGACGACAUGCUGAUAAAAUUAUGGAACUGGGACAAAGCUUGGCUCGGCCAGCAGGUCUUCGAGGGCCAUACCCACUAUGUCAUGCAAAUUGUGUUCAAUCCGAAGGACAACAACACAUUUGCCAGCGCAUCUCUGGAUCGCACGGUAAAAGUCUGGCAGCUCGGUUCAUCGACGGCAAAUUUCACCCUCGACGGACAUGAGAAGGGUGUGAACUGCGUAGAUUAUUAUCACGGAGGUGACAAGCCUUACCUUAUUUCCGGAGCUGACGAUAAGUACGUCAAGAUAUGGGAUUACCAAAAUAAAACCUGCGUCCAAACCCUUGAAGGACACACACAGAAUAUAUCUGCAGUGUGCUUUCACCCAGAGCUGCCGAUUGUUUUGACCGGUUCAGAAGAUGGGACAGUUAGAAUUUGGCAUGCUGGUACAUACAGGCUAGAGUCGUCACUUAACUACGGCUUUGAAAGAGUUUGGACGAUUUCCUGCAUGCGGGGAUCUAACAACGUCGCCUUAGGGUAUGACGAGGGUAGCGUAAUGGUCAAAGUCGGUAGAGAGGAGCCUGCCGUUUCAAUGGAUUCUUUGGGCGGGAAAAUUGUAUGGGCAAGACAUAGCGAGGUGCAACAAGUAAACCUAAAAGCACUGGGAGAAGAGGCCCAGGAUGGAGAGCGGCUUCCGUUGGCUGUCAAAGAUAUGGGAGCGUGCGAAAUUUACCCACAAACUAUACAACACAAUCCAAAUGGGAGAUUUUUGGUUGUUUGCGGGGAUGGUGAAUACAUUAUUUACACUUCGAUGGCUCUGAGAAACAAGGCUUUCGGACAGGCAUCGGAAUUUGUAUGGGCUGCUGAUUCGAGUCAGUAUGCUGUUAGAGAAGGAACAAGCUCUGUGAAAAUCUUCAAGAAUUUCAAAGAACGGAAAAGCUUCAAACCCGAUUUUGGAGCCGAUGGCAUCUUUGGUGGAUUUAUGCUGGGAGUAUCUUCCGGCUCUGGUCUUUCCUUCUUUGAUUGGGAUUCCCUAAAGCUGAUUCGCCGCAUCGACAUUCAGCCGACGCACGUCUACUGGGCAGAGAACGCAUCACUGGUAGCGCUAGCGACUGCCGAUCAAUACUUUAUUUUAAAAUUCCAUGCAGAUGCUGUUAAUAAUCUGCCAGAAAACACUGAAGAUAUCGAAGAUGCAUUCGAGAUGGUCGCGGAAAUGAGUGAGGCAGUGAAAACUGGUCUCUGGGUAGGCGACUGCUUCAUUUACACCAACAGCGUAAAUCGAAUCAAUUACUUUGUCGGAGGCGAAGUCGUCACCAUAUCACAUUUGGACAGGCCGAUGUAUCUGUUGGGUUACGUUCCACGAGACAACAGGCUUUACCUAUGUGACAAGGAACUCUCUGUGGUUUCAUACUCUCUCUUGCUAUCCGUACUGGAAUACCAAACCGCAGUUAUGCGAAAAGACUUUGAAACCGCUGACAGAGUGCUGCCAACUGUACCAAAAGAGCAUCGCACCAGAGUGGCUCACUUUUUGGAGAAACAAGGUUUCAAAGAACAAGCGCUGGCAGUCUCUACGGAUCCAGAGCAUAGAUUCGAAUUAGCUUUGGCACUAGGUGACCUUAGGACGGCGCAUGAUUUAGCAAAAGAAGCUAGUAGUCAACAGAAAUGGCGACAGCUUGCAGCCCUUGCCACUCAAAAAGGCAAAUUGCGUUUGGCUCAAGAAUGCUUGCACCACGCGCAAGACUUUGGUGGCCUUCUACUACUGGCUACAAGUACCGGCAAUGCUGGAAUGAUAAGAAAACUUGGCGAAGCCGCCGACGAUUCAGGAAAAAACAACAUUUCGUUUCUCUCGAAUUUCCUCCUUGGAGAUAUCGACAAGUGUUUAGAUAUCCUGAUAAAAACUGAUAGGAUUCCCGAGGCUGCAUUCUUUGCGAGAGCCUAUGCGCCCAGCAAAAUAUCUUCUGUGGUAAAAUUGUGGCGUGAAAAAUUAUCGAUCGUGAGCGAAAAGGCUGGACAGAGCCUGGCAGACCCAGAACAAUACGAGAAUCUCUUUCCCGGAUUUCGAGAAAGUCUCAAGGUUGAACAGUUUUUGAGGGACGAAGCCAAACAGACCAUACCAGCAGCCGCUUACCCGUCAGUCAAGCCAAAUGUCGCCCGCAAACCUCUGGACGAAAUGCAAGCGGCCGAAGAGGCUGGCAACUUCUUCUAUAGAGGUGAACUACUUCCAGGAGCUUCAGAUGAGCCCGAGCUCAAAGACUCGGGUGAUCUUUUGGCCAAUCGACUGGUAGAUCUUGAUAUUAGCAAGCCAACUUUCAUCCCUGCCCCAGCCACAAACCAACCUCCGACAAGCCUUCCAGCUGCUCCGUUGAAACCCUCUGUAGCCGCACAACCUCUGGUACCGCAACAAGUCACUAAACCAGCAAGCACGACAAGACCAUUAACCGUAGAUGAUGACGACGACAUAGAUUUUGACCUCGAACUUGAUGAAAAUAUCGAUACCACUGAUGUAAAUUUGGACGAUGACUUGCUAGGAGAAGACUAGAUAGAAGAAAAGUGAAUCCUCUGCAACUGCACACGCUAAUCUUCAAAUUGUUUUACAUACAUCUCUGCCAGAAUACCCCGAGGUGAACUCAUCUCAUUCAUUCCCUGCUACAAGCACUUUGAAGUAUUAAUUUAGAGAAAAUAUAAUAUACUGUACAAUAAAUGUAUGUGAGAUAUUUUUCACGUAAUAAUAUAUGAAUAAUUAUUAAAUUUUACCAAAGC